AAAAGGUUAUCCUGUGGCGUUUCGGUCGUUUUGGCCCCGCCCACACCUUCCGUCCUUCGGAUCGCUGGGUCAGCUGGGCUCCUGCCCUCCCCACAGCCUCCGAAAUCCACCUCUCUUACCUCAACAUGUUUCUGUAAACUGGGUUCAGUCAGAGUGGAGCCUGCAGUUUAAUAAUCGUUUCUGUUUGUAAGAGGGGGCAGACCAGAGGAGCAAUAGGUGCUCAGUUCAUACAAGCAGCAGUCCUCCUCCCCUCUGCAUUUCACCUCCUCCGCCCAUCACCAAGCCAUGUUGGGUGAAAUUCUGCAGCAGCUUAGCACCUUGACCCUGAGCAUCAAGCACGUUUGCCGACUGCCCAGCCUCUCAGAUGUAAUACCUACUUCCCUUCCAUUGCCCAGCCCGACCGUUGAAGCCUCCCAGGUCCCCGGUCUGUUCAGAGAGCCCUACAUCCUGUCCGGAUACCGUCCUGUCAACCAGGGCUGGCGCUGCUACCUCCUCAGCCUCUUCCAGAGACACAAUGAAUCCCUGAAUGUUUGGACUCACUUGUUGGCGGGACCUAUUAUACUGCACAGCUGGUGGGCCAACGUAGACGCCCUGGGGUACACCUUUAAUGCAGCGUCUCUACCUCUCACUGUUUUUCUGGUAUCUUCCCUCACCUAUCUGUUUUUCAGUGUUGCAGCUCAUCUUUUGCAGUCUCACUCUGAACACAAACACUACUUCUUCUUCUUUCUGGACUAUGUGGGUGUCGCUGUAUAUCAGUAUGGUUGCGCACUUGCACAUUAUUUCUACACAUCUGAGUCAACGUGGAGAGAAAGCAGCAUCGGGCUGCUGUUUCUACCUGGAGCUUUGUUCCUUGCAUGGUUCUCCUGUGCCGGCUGCUGUUUUGCAAAGUUCAGGUAUCAGCGGCCAUAUCCAUUACAACGCAAAAUCUGUCAGCUGAUUCCUACUGCCCUAGCAUACCUGUUGGACAUCAGCCCCGUCGCCCAUCGCCUGCUCACUACCGUCUCCUGGACCAAGGAGCCCUCUCUGCCCUUCCAUGCCCUUCAGAUUUUCUUUUUCCUGCUAUCAGCCCUCUUUUUCUCCUGUCCCAUCCCUGAGCGCUUCUUCCCAGGCCACUGUGACUUUGUGGGUCAGGGUCACCAGAUCUUCCAUCUGUUUCUGUCCCUCUGCACUGUGUUCCAGCUCAAGGCUCUGUUCCAGGACUACGCCAGGCGGAGAGAUGAGGUGGUGGAGGUAUUUGGAGAGAGGCAGCUGUGGUUGGCUUGUGCAUCCAUCCUUGCUUUGUUUCUGUGUUGCAUCCUGACUGCUGUUACCACAAUGAAGCACAUGAACAAGAAAUUGCAUGUAAACAAGUGAAAGACAAGUAACAUGUUUACAUAUAUAUUUAUGUGUGUGUGGGUGUGUGUGAUAAAGAAAGGGAGAGGGUUUGGGUCACAUUGUACUUAAUGAUUCAAAAUUAUUAUAAAACAUGUUAAUUUAACACUCAGUAUCGCUUUAAAUGUAAGUACUUAUA